AUGAGCCUCGACUGCACGCAAGCGCAUCCUCGAAACAAAAGAAGUACAUCGGCGGCCACGUUGUCGCUGAAGUUGUUUUUGGACGAUGGGUUCAUCAUGGACAUGCGAAGCUUGACGUGCCGAGAUGACGUUUUGCGUUACGGGGUGAACGCGGAACAGGAAACCCUGGCGUUUCUCCUUCAGCAUGAAGUUCGCUCACGAGGGUCGUCUGCAGCGCUCAAGGCACUACAAAAGAUCCAUCGUUCAGGCGCCCUCAAUGCCAGGAUUGCACACUACCAUCAAUUGAUAGCAUCGGGAAUGACCACUUGCCCGGCACCACCAGCCACACAUGAUAUCCUCGAAGAAAUGGCCGCGUCAUAA